AUGUCCGACGACCGCUCCACCUCGCCCAUCUCGGUCCCCUCAUCCGAGACCCGGCCUCGUCGCGGUUCUCUCGCCGGCCUCCCCUUCUCGGACCUCUUCUCCAAGCCGUCCACCACCACAUCUAGCCAGCCGACCGCCAGUAAUGCACAAGCCAUCCCGCAGCGUCGGCUCUCCAUCACCACUCUCGGACUGUCCGGCUCUCCCACUCAAGCAUCCACCUUUGGCAGUCGAUCGUUCCGUCGAGGCAGUCUCUCCAGCUCCUGGGGCUCCGUCCCUCCGAAUGAUGAUGUCGUGGCGGAGGAACCCGAGGCGUCCUCCUCGGGUGGUGUGACGCCCGGGUCGCCCUUUUCCCGACGCAUGUCUUUUGGUGCUCAGGCGCUCCGUGAGGCCCGAGCUGGAAGCAUUGGCAAUGGUAGAUACCCACCCCCUGCCUCUAACCCUUCUUCCCUGACUGCGGGGGUUCGGCGGUCUGCAUCGACGGCAGCAGUCCCAGUGGCUUCUUCUUCGCUGUUCCGAAAGAAUUCCCCCCCUCUUCCUCCUUCUUCUGCCACCCCUGCUGCCGCCACUGCGUCUGCUGCUCCUGCUGCUUCUUCCCGAUCUCCUGCAUCUGCAAGUCCUUCCGCUACCCUUCUGGAAGAGAGAUCUAACAACACAUUGCGCCGACCAGGCGAAGGCUUCAAUUGGACCGAGGCACUUCGGCACCGUGCGGAACGUGCCCCUUCUCUCGGAGGUCCCUCGCUGUCCCCUCCCUACGCCAGUCAACCGUCGAGUCAUCAGCGGGCUGCCUCGAUCGCCGCCAUGGAGCAACCCGUGCGUGAGAUCCCCAAGCAACCCAAGCAGAACAAGCCCGACUUUUUCCAAGAGAAGAUUCUACGUGGUGAUUUCAUGGAUUGA